UAUUUUGAUAGCGGUACCUGUAUCCGGAAUACAGUAGAUGUAGCAAGAGUCAAAGGUCCUCUCGUCAGAGUUUGCCUGAGUUUUUGUGUUUUAUCAAACGUUCCACCUUUGCGACUUCGUCCGUUACAGUUUGCAUGUCCUUCUUGGUGAUGUUUCGGGGUUUAUCCAGGUUUCUGAGGACCAACCCGGUGUCUGUCCAGAGAAGAAUGUCUCAUAGCAGUCUGGAUGGGAAAGUAGCUAUUGUGACAGCCUCCACCGAUGGAAUCGGCCUGGCUGCAGCUCAGGCUCUGGGAAAGAGAGGGGCCCAUGUGGUCGUCAGCAGCCGGCGGCAGGCCAACGUGGACAAGGCUGUGGCUUUGCUGAAGAGCCAGAGCAUCCGAGUAACUGGAACCACAUGUAAUGUAGGCAAAGGAGAGGACAGGGAGAAGCUGGUCCAACUGACUGUGGACCAGUGUGGGGGCAUUGACAUCCUGGUGUCCAACGCAGCGGUCAACCCGUUCUUUGGAAACAUCUUGGACUCCACAGAGGACGUGUGGGACAAGAUUCUGUCUGUAAAUGUAAAAGCUGCCUUCCUCCUGACGAAGCUAGUGGUGCCUCAUAUGGAGAAGAGAGGAGGUGGAAACGUGAUAUUUGUGUCUUCUGUGGGUGGAUACCAACCAAUGCAGGGCCUGGGCCCCUACUGUGUGAGUAAGACGGCCCUGCUGGGUCUAACCAGGGCGCUGGCUCCUGAGCUGGCUCACAGUAACAUCAGGGUGAACUGCGUGGCCCCUGGAAUCAUCAAAACCCGCUUCAGUUCUGCAUUGUGGGAAAACAAAGACAUUGUGGAUGAGUUGAAAAAGCAGCUCAGCAUUAAGAGGAUUGGAGAACCUGAAGAGAUCGGAGGAACGAUCGCUUUCCUGUGCUCUGAUGACGCUUCCUACAUCACAGGAGAGACCGUCACGGUGACGGGAGGGAUGAGCUGUCGACUCUGAACCCCGUCUAAUUUCAGACCCAUUUAUGAUUUUUUUCAAAUUUUAUCCUUGUCCAAUUUUUCCAUCAUAUACUUUGGCCUUCCUACUGGAUCUGUACAUAAGUCAUCAUUGAUAAGAAAGCUAAUAUAGAUGAGAUAUUUUAUAACAAGAUACCAUUCUGCAAUUAUAACUCAUGUCUUUUGAUAGGCCUGUCAUGAUAACAAAUUUUUCUGAGCGAUUGUCUAAAAAAUUAUUGCAAUAAACGAUAUUGUUUCAAGA